GCCCCUCCACGGUGGACGAGAUGAAGCAGCUCUUCCUCCUCCUCCUGCUCGGGCUCAUCACCAGCUCCUUGCAGAUCGAAGACAACAAGAUCCCUGGGCUGUGCUCGGGGCAGCCAGGAAUCCCGGGGACUCCGGGCCUGCACGGGGGCCAGGGUCUGCCAGGCAGGGAUGGACGAGAUGGCCGGGAUGGGGCCAUGGGGAUGCCUGGGGAGAAGGGCGAGAUGGGCCCUCCUGGAGUGCCCGGUCCCCGCGGGGAGGUGGGCAGCCCCGGCGUGGACGGGCUGCACGGCGAGAAGGGGGCGCAGGGCGAGUGCGCGGUGGCUCCUCGCUCCGCCUUCAGCGCCAAGCGCUCCGAGUCGCGCAGCCCUCCCCUGCCCGACCAGCCCAUCCUCUUCGACGUGGUGCUCAUCAACGAGCAGGGCCACUACGACCCCGCCUCGGGCAAGUUCACCUGCGAGGUGCCCGGGCUCUACUACUUCGCCGUGCACGCCACCGUGUACCGCACCAGCCUGCAGUUCGACAUCGUGAAGAACGGCCACACCGUCGCCUCCUUCUUCCAGUACUACGGGAACUGGCCCAAGCCCACCUCGCUCUCGGGGGGCACCCUGGUGCGCCUGGAGCCCGAGGAUGAGGUGUGGGUGCAGGUGGGAGUGGGGGACUACAUCGGCUUCUACGCCAGCGUGAAGACGGACAGCACCUUCACCGGCUUCCUCGUCUACUCCUACUGGCAGAACUCCCCCGUCUUCGCCUGAGCUCGCCCUGGGCUGGGGAUGUGCCCCUUCCCAGCCCCCAGCGCGGU